CACAGCUUUAGUUACAGCCCAUCCCCCCGUAUCAACAACUGUCAAAUGUAUUCAUGAUGUUUUGUAAAAAUUUAUUUAUUUUGUUGUAAUUAUUUAUACGAGUGAUAAUUAACAAUUAUUAUGUUGUUCAGUAUUGAUAGUAUUAGUUCAGUUAGAAGUUUUAUAAUAAAUUACACAGUAGUAAUAGAAAGUUUUCAAUCUUUUCAAAUAUGUCCGUGAGUUCUUUUAAUUUUCUUAAUUUUCUAUUACUUGCAGUUUAGUUUCUAAAAAUAUUGUCAGUAUCAAAUAAAAUUCAGUUUAUUGUUACAAUUUCGUUUCUUGGUGAAAAAAUUAGUAUUUAUGUCUAUUAUAUUCCUAACUCGGAGUGUUAAAGUUUGGACGUUUUGAGGUUAGGUCAUUCAUGCCGCAGAAGUAUACAAAAUUAGUAAUUGAUUUUGUGAAAUUGUUAUUUUAAUAUUUUACAAAAUGUCUAAUUCACAAGAAGAUGCUGUAGGUCACGACACUGCUACAGAUGAAAAAUAUCGAACUUAUGCCAGUAUUUCGUUUGCGGUUCUUCUUCUUGGAGUUGGAAUUCCUCUUUGGUGGUACACAACGGCAGUUCCGCGAGUUCCACUUCCUUAUUCGGGAAUUGCGGCUCUUUCCCAUCAUGAAACGAAGAUUCAGACAGAUAUCAUUGUCGCUGCUCUCAGCAAAGAACGAGCCGAACAAUUAGCUCAAGAAAUAAAGAGCUUCUUUGAAGAUUCUGAAAUUUAUUCUCUGCGCGUGAGAUUUGAGGUGGUUUCAAGAAAUUUAAUGUCGUCUGCCUUCACGACAAAUGAAUUGGAAACAAUUGCAUAUUCUUUUAAUCUCAAAAUGGGAAAUCUUCUACUAUUGGAGGCGCUAAAUCUCAAUGAAGAAAUUCUAGUCGGUUCAAAUCGUACUGUUUUCUUUGCACCUGAUACAGAUGUGAAAAAAGUGACAGAAAUCGUAUCAAAAUGGAUUUUACGUGAUAAAUCAUUGGCAUUGACAAAAAAUGCCUUGACACAUCCUACGGAAUAUAGUUUAGACAAAGAAAAUAGAAGAAGAUUUCCCACUAGUCCAGCUUAUGAUGUUCUACUUACACUGGUGAAUCCUGAUCCAGAGAAGUUAAAGGUCAAUUGGAGUCUGCCGACUAUUGCUGAUGUUUAUCUGCAACCGUUCUUGAAUGAGAUAUCGUUAGUUGCUGAUUUUCACAUUAAAUCACAAUGGUUGUAUCUGGUGCCAUUAAAUGUCAAACCAAAAGAGGUCUACGAUAGCAGUAUUCUUGGAAGACAUUUCGCAUUGUCAGAGGAUAUUCUUCCACAGUUAAUUACUCCAUUGGAGAAAAAAUUAGCAUCGCAGGUCAGUUUGCAUCCGUGUAUAAAUUUAGUAGCGUACGUGGUUCCUUGCGAAGAAGGACCCUUACAUAUAUAUUCUCGAAACGGACAUCGAGCACAAACUGUCAAUAUCGAAGCUUUUCACUCGCCCAGAUGGGGUGGUGUUGUAAUUAUUAAUCCGCCUGUUGACGCUUGUAUAAGUACAAAACCUGUUGAAAUAACACCCAAUGAUGCUACUGUCAUUGGCGUUUUCUUUGCACAAUUAAGGCUUUUGCUUGGAAUACCCGACCCGACUCCAAUUCCCGGUGCGGCAGUUGUUCCUUUAUUUGGAUUCAAGCCCCGCGAAUGGGAAUUAGAUACACUUUUGCGAGUUCGUGCUGUUGAGCAAUUGACAUCGGCAAAAUUGACGCUACAAUCACUGGCACAACUUCUCGAGGAAAUUAGUAAUAUCGUUAUAACCGAGACCGUUGGCAAUAGAAUAAAAAAUGCUCUCAAUUUUGUCGAGGAAUCAUCAGCAUUAUUACAGAGUGGAAAUUUACGUGAUGGAUUUUUGAAAAGCAAAGAAGCAUUUGCAACUGCUGAAGCUGCGUUCACUGAUCCUUCGCUUCUUGCACUUUUAUAUUUUCCUGACGACCAAAAAUAUGCUGUCUAUAUACCUCUCUUUCUUCCAGUUAUGAUUCCCGUCUUGUUAUCGCUUAAAAAUAUAAGACAAUACUAUUUUCCAAGAUAAAAAAAAAUUGCUUACAAAUUUACAAAUAGGUACUCAUUGUGAAAAUGGUGCUUGCGAAAUGAUAAUGAUAAUAAUUUAUGGUUACAGUAUUCAAUGUACAUUAAUUGACUAAUGUAAGCCAAAGAAUAUAAAAAGUUACGCAAUUUUUGUAUUA